UUACCCUGCGCCGGAAGAAGUAUUUGCGGGCGCUUUUGGAAUUAUGGCGGCUGUAGAUAUCCGAGAUAAUCUGCUGGGAAUCUCUUGGGUUGACAGUACCUGGAUCCCCAUUUUGAACAGCGGUAGUGUCCUGGAUUACUUCUCAGAGAGAAGUAACCCUUUUUACGACAGGACAUGUAACAAUGAAGUGGUCAAAAUGCAGAGACUAACCUUAGAACACUUAAAUCAAAUGGUUGGAGUGGAAUACAUCCUUUUACACGCUCAAGAGCCCAUCCUUUUUAUUAUUCGGAAACAACAGCGGCAGUCUCCUACACAAGUUAUCCCACUUGCUGAUUACUAUAUCAUUGCUGGAGUGAUUUAUCAGGCACCAGACUUGGGAUCAGUUAUAAAUUCCAGAGUGGAUUUGUUUUCUUUUUACAAGCUUACUGCAGUACAUGGCAUUCAGUCAGCUUUUGAUGAAGCUAUGUCAUACUGUCGAUACCAUCCCUCCAAAGGGUAUUGGUGGCAUUUCAAAGAUCAUGAAGAGCAAGAUAAAGUCAGACCUAAAGCCAAACGGAAAGAAGAGCCAAGCUCUAUUUUCCAGAGACAGCGUGUGGAUGCCUUACUCUUAGAUCUUAGACAAAAAUUUCCACCCAAGUUUGUGCAGCAAAAGUCUGGAGAAAAGCCUGUCCCAGUGGAUCAGACAAAGAAAGAAGCAGAACCUACACCAGAAGCUGGGAAAUCGGAGGAGAAAGAGACCACAAAGAAUGUCCAACAGACAGUGAGCACAAAAGCUCCCCCUGAGAAACGGAUGAGACUCCAGUGAGGGUCUGCCACAGAGAAGCUUACAAGGUUCUUCUUGUCCACUAUCAUACCUCAUUGCUGUGACAGGCUCUU